AUCUUCAGUCAUUUUAAUGAUUAAUAAAGAUGAUAAGACUUCUUAAAAAAUUUUUUUGAAUGAUUUAUCUCAGCAAACUAAUCCUGAACUUCAAAAUUCUCCUGCACUGUUGGUAAUUCCACCCAAACUGGUGCAGAUCUCAACGCAGCAUUUUGCUGCUGGGGACAACUGGGGCAGGUUUUUCCAACACACAGGGCGCAUGCGGUUCCUGGCAGGCGGCGAGAAAACGAAAGUGAAGGGAUUGUGCGAGCGGGAAGUGAGACGGAGAAAGAGGAGCGCUACUGUGGCCGACAUUUCUGGGAAUAGCGAGAGGGGGGUCGGAAUGUGGCAAUGGCAACUCGGCAGCGCCCUGGCCACCUGGCUCUAUCCAGCAGUCGCUCUGGUGAUCGGGACAGCGGCACUGCCCAGAGAAAUGAUAUACGACGAUGAAGUAUACUACAAAAAUGAAAAGAAGCUUUUUUGUUAUGCAUUUUCUCAAAAGCUUAACUUCGUGGAUUAUUGGUCAACAGUUGAGGUGAAUAUAAAGAGUUCUGAGUUAAUGGAACUUACCUACCCUGCAGAAGAAAGUAGUUUUCAUGAACCAGAAACACUGAAAGACUUUAUUAAAUAUUUUUACUAUCAAGUUGUAUCAUCUUCAUAUUCAUCAGCUACUGAAUUCAUCAUAAAUAUCGAACGCUGUAAUAGUAAAACCUGUUUCAAAGUAGAACCAAAGGUGCUUCAUGCAAGAUACACCAUUACUGUAAAAAGGCAACAAUUUGAACUGAAGCUGAUUUCUCUGUUUGUGGCUGGAAUUAUCCUGUUCGUUUAUGCAAAAUCCAUUAGCAGGAAUGAAUUAUUUCAUUAUUGUGUAGGGUUUAUUCUGGGAAUCUUUGCGCCAUUAGUUCUCCUUCUUCUCGUGUGUAAAAGAAUAAUACAAAGAAGCACUUUUUUGUUGCUGAUGAUUGCAAGUUUUUCAACCUCAGCGUUUCUGAUUUAUUCAUGUGUUAUAAAUCAGUCUCAAUACAGGAAAUAUUUAUAUGGUUACCUUUUUGUGGUUAGUUGUCUUAGUUACGUUAUUUUCAAAAGGCAUAAGCCGUUGUCAGAUGAACAUAGUAUAACUCUGCUCUCCUGGACCCUACAGUUGGUUGCCACAGUAUUGAUAUACUGUGGUGUUACAUUCAGUCAGUGUGCUUAUGCUGUCAUUGUAAUUCUCUUGUGUGGAAGCAACCUUCACCACCCAAUUAAUUUGAUCCGCUACAUUUACAGAAAAAUGAAACAAUUAUUUAAAAAACAAGAAGUUCGCUUCUUCACUGAAGAGGAGUACAAGGAACAAAGUGAAGUGGCAACUAUAAAGGCUCUUGAGGAUCUCCGUAGAUACUGCAAGAAUCAGGAUUUUCCUACAUGGGAAGUCAUAUCUAAAGUCAGUUCUCCAAAAAGACUUGCAGACUUCAUCCUAGGAGCUUGUCAUAUUACACCAGAGGAAAUGCAGAACCAUGAGCAACACUACGGAAUUGGUGGUUCAUUUUUGGAAGCCCAACUCUUUGUCAAGGAAGAAAAUAAUCAUCCAGUCUCAGAGAAUGGGGAAAUGGCAGCUGCAGAUGGAAAUGAAGCUGCUGUGAUAAUGAAUUAAUCUUGCUUCAUUCACAUCUAAUUAAUAACUUGAACUGUUGUUAUGACUAGAAAUUGACCAAUACCAAAAGAUUGAUAGCUUGAAAUUUGAGAGUACUAUCAUCACUGACUCUGAUCACUCCGACAAUUGAAUGCGCAGACACUAAGAAACCUGUGAGUUGUGCUGCUUAGUGCAUACAUAGAGCGCAUUAAGUUUAUACUUUUUACGGGAAGGUUUACACAAAAUGGGUAUAGUUCGGUUUGAGGAAUCUUUGACUACACCAGUAGAUCCUAUCAUUAUUGAAAGGCUUUCAGUUGAAGCUGAGACAAUGGGGCCCAUCUUUACCACAAGCACCAAGAAGACAUUAUUUGAACUGGAUGGCUCCGGCGGAAUCUCCAAGUGAUUGUGGUUUUUUUACAGUGACUAUUGGGUUCUUUCCCCUUAAUGAGAAUUUCUGUCUUUGAAAAUGGAAGACAAGGAAAGUUAGGCAUCUCAUGGUCUUUUUACUGACAGUCAGUCAGUUAAUUGUAGGGUUUCAUUGAUGGUUUGGUUAUAAUCAGUACUUCAAACCAUCUUGUCCUUAGUUUUUAUAACAAGCAGCUAACUCUACUUGAUAAAUAUAGAAAACAGGUUGUGUGGAACUGAGCUGCAAACUGGAGGUUAGGUUUAUUGUGAUAUGUGUUGUGUUCCCCUUAAAUCAUGGUAAUAUAAAUAUUGUUUCUUUGUUCAGGAUUGGAAGUAGAGGCCAUUAGAUAUAUAUAAGAUAAUUAUUGUAUUCAAACAACAAUAUUAAUCGUGCAACUGAAUUCGCUAUUCACAUUUUAAUGAAACGGAUUUCUGUUGAGCUGUACCAUGUAAUUUUGUUUAAUUUUACAUCCAACUCAGGUUUAAACAAAGGGCUGUUUUGUCUGAAGUUUAUAUGAAAAUUGAUUUGAGAUGGGAUUUGAUCUAAGUCACAAUGAUCUUGUAGCCAUUUUAUUCAGAGCAAAGUAACAAAUCAUAUUGAAUGACCUGUGAAAAUUAAAUUAGGAUUAUAUUCUGUAAAUGUACUUACUUCUGUGUCGGCCAGCAGAAUUUGCUUUCCAAGUUUUAUUCGUUGCCAGUGGAAAAGCACUUUGCCUCAUGAUGACUGGAAGCCUGUAGUGGAGAAUCGUGGAUACAAAGCCAUUUUGUGAUAAUGCAGAUUUAGGCAUGUUUAAUUUUAUUUUGGUGUGAGACACAGAAUAACAAAAAAAAUUUGAAUUUUUUUUCCAGUAAGGAAUUCUUCAUUCGAAAGAAUGAAGAUAUAUGUAGAAAAAAGACUGGAAUCUCAAGUAUUCUUGAGACAAUAAUGCUGAAAAUAUCAAUUUAACUCAAUUAUGAAGUUGUCUUUCAAACUACCGUCAGCUUGGCAUAGGUGUUCUGCUGACAAUUUGCCCAAAAUUUCCUCUUUGGGAAGUUCAGCAGCUUUCACUUCAGAAUUUUCAUCCUGUAAAAUAAUAGCUUAAGAUCCUGUUCCUGAAUAUUUUAUACAAAUAUUAAUUUUUAAAUGACAUAAUUCUUUUUGUGAGAGUUUAUUUUUCUGGAAAAUAUCUUUAGUUAUUGUUGAGCUCAUUCAAACAUAUUUUAAGUUUAAAUGUUCAUCUACAAGUAUCUGUCUUUCCUACAGUUUUUGUUAGAAGUGAUAUCUAAGUUGGAAUUUAACUCUCAGAUGAUAGUUUAUUUAUAAGUAAAUAGGACUAUGUUUCAUCUGGCAAGUAAGCUGAACAGAAAGCAUUUUGUGCAGUACUCUUCAUUAGUGUCUGACUUUGACAAAUCUGGAGGAAUGAUUAUAUGGGUUUAAUCUAUGCGAAGGUGUUGAGAAUGAUAUUUGUUUAGAAGGAAAAAAAUUAAUGAUAAAUCUUGCCCUCAAGGUUAAUAUCAUCUGGAUUCCAUGUAUAAAUUUAUUAUUGCUCUAUAAAUUUAUUAUUGCUCAUCAUUAAAAUAUUACACACUAAUGAAUAUUGUUCUAAGAUAUAUCUCAUGGUAAAUGAAGUGGUAGUUUGUGUUUGUCCAAACUGGCUAAACUGUCAAGUUCAGAGAGCACGAGAACGGCGACUCUUCUAAAAAGGUUUGAGGUAAGAGCUCCCUCCUAUGGAGGCACUCAAAAUAGACACCUGUACUAUUAUUACAGCAUUUUCCAAUUAUUUCAAUAGUCUGGACAACUCGAGGGCUUUAUUAAUGCAGUCUUAGUACUUUCAUUUUGAGUUAAUACCAAUCUUCUUGGUGUAAUUGUUUAUAGCAGGAUGAAUCCAGUCUAAAAUAAUUACAUGAUUGGACUAGGUUUUCACUUUUCAUCAAGACUGGUGCUUUAACAGUCGAACAUAUUUUAGAGAAGUUUGUUUUCUAAUUUUUUAUGUAUGUAUUAUUUUAUUAAACAUUGCAAUUUAAAUUGCUUGGUAAAAUGUGAUCACAAAGUUGGUUUUGUAUAGCAUUUUAUUAAUAAAAUCAUGAAUUA